GUCACGUGAUUACACGGAAGCGCCUCAAGUCGCGAGCGAUCUAAACAGACAACAAGAUGGCAUCACACCCGGGAGAAGGCGAUCAAGGCAAUAGCAAAGACCAGAUACUGGAACUAGGAGCUGUUUUGUUAAAAGACUUCAUCUACGAGCGGGUUCAGCGGCAUGGAGACGGCAGCACUGCACUGACCAGGACACAGCUGGGCGGAGUGGAGCUGACUGACCCCAACCACAAGAAGCUGGCCAUGUGUCUGCAGCAGAUUGGAGAUGAGUUGGAUGGAAAUGUGGAGCUCCACAGAAUGAUAAACAGCUCUUCGCUCAGUCCCACAAAAGACAUAUUCCUGAAAGUUGCCAUUGAGAUCUUUUCAGAUGGAAAGUUCAACUGGGGACGGGUGGUUGCCCUGUUCUACUUUGCCUGUCGACUCGUCAUCAAAGCUCUCGUGACCCAAGUUCCUGAUAUCAUCAGAACAAUAAUCAGCUGGACCAUGGACUACCUCCGGGAAAAUGUGAUCAACUGGAUCAGGGAGCAAGGUGGCUGGGAGGGUAUUCGGUCCCACUUGGGCACGCCCACAUGGCAGACGGUGGGAGUUUUCUUGGCCGGAGUUCUCACCACUGUUUUAGUCAUUCGCAAGAUGUGAGGAGUUUGUGAUGAGCAGACAUGUGAGAGAUGGGAAAGAAGUACGCCUGAGGUUCAUGGGGACAGGAACAUGAAAGAACAGCUGAACGUGAGCAGAAAGAAGUUAACGGCAGAGUGAACAAGUUGUACAGGAAGAGCUUGUAUUUGGACACGAAGAGCCACUCUUCGUUUCUGCCUCCCUUUCAUUUCCAAGGACUGGGAGACUGAACGCAUUGUCACACCCAUAAUCCCCACGCCACUGAGGAAGUUGGCGGAGCAUGAUUACAUGCACAUUGUGUGUGUGUGUGUGUGUGUGUGUGUGUGUGUGUGUGUGUGUGUGUGGGAGGGGGUUGAGGGGGAGAGUUUGUACGACUUUAACAGGGAAUGCAUUUUAAGUAAUUUAUUUUUUACUUGGUAUAGACAAAAAAAAACAUACAUAGCAUUUCUGUUAUCUGCCCUGAAAGAUUAUAUGGACUGAAGUUAAUUUUUCUUUAUUUCAUUUUUGUUCCACUCAGAUUGCUUUUCUGAUCUCUCUCUCUCCAUCCACCUCAUCAGGUGCUACAGAAUCACUUUUCAUAUGUAUUUGUGAGUGUUAACUGGUGUAAAUCUGUAACCAUCUGCUGCCAUUGUUGGAGGGUGGUCACAUCUCAUCGAGUUAAGAAAAGUUAUUUUUGCAAACAAUUAUUGGAUUAAGCCGGAAGAUGUAGAUGAAUCUCAUCUACGGUAAUAUUUGGGCUCAAAACAACCCCAAACCAUUUGUCCCCUUGAAUGCACAGCUCAAACUUAUUUUCAGUGGGUAACUUAAGGGCCGCAACAGGGAUUUAUAUACAAAGUUAUGUUUACAUUCAACAUGAAUCAUCGCACGGUAAAACAGUCACAUGAUCUCAGCUGUGCAACAUUUAAUCAUUAUGCUCCUUUUGGGAUGUUUCGACCAGCAUUGUGACCGUAACGUGGCUCCCACUUAAAAACAAACACAAGCCCUGCCUGUUGUCUGUGGUGUGAGUGAAGCUACGGCCUUUCCUGUUGUCUACGGACGAUGAGCUGCAGACACAGACGGCACCGCUCACAGAUGCUUACCUCAUGUCACACAGAUUCAAAGUACUGUACGCCUACUGGCGGCAUUGAAACUGCAAUCUUAUCUACAGCUGGCUUUUUUAUACAUCCUUCUUGUUUGUCAGUGCCUUGGUGUUUUGUUUUUUUUUACUAUGAAAUCACUUUGAUAUUCUCAGAUUUUCACCUUUUUCUAUCACGUUUGUAAAACUGAAAUUAGUUUCCAGUCCCCCGGAAAAUCUUUCUGCUGUGAUCUUGUCUGUAAUAGGAAAAAUAAAUCUUUUAAAGCUGACCAUAGCUAUGUGUAGUUAGUGGAGGAAUCAGUGGCAUCAAUAUGGAAAAAUAAACCUGAUCAUAAACUAAUCAGCAUGUCGGCAUGCUAAUGUUAGCAUUUAGCUCGAAAAAGUGCUGUGCCUGAGUGCAGCUUCACAGCUGCUAGCAGGGCAGUAGAUUCUCAGAGCUGUUUAACUGCAUUAACAGUAUUGGAGCAAUAUAAAAUAUGUCUUGAGGGAGGUAUUGAUUGAGUUGAUAAAUAUGUAAAUUUGGUAAUUUUCUGCUCAACAAAUUAAAUGACAAUCAGCAGUUAGCAAAGAUAUUAUAGCCUGUUGGAAGCUUUUUAAGACACUUGAGUGGACAGGGUUCAUAAUAUGAGUAUUAAUAUGCUUUGUAAAUGUAGUGGUUAGAUUAUGAUAUUGCUUGAGGAUAGUGCUUGACCCUAACCCUAAAGGUCAGUGGUCACCAAAACUCCUGAGACUCAACUUCAAGGGCUCAAGAAUGUCCCCUGCAAAUGUCAUGGAAAUCCAGUCAUUGCCGCACUUUCAAAGUCACUUUCAGUAAGACGGCAACUUCUAAAUUGUGGUUCAGGGGGAUUUCUGUUCUCACAGCGGCGAUAGAGGAAAGGUCAGAAGGUCAUCACAUAGUUCAAAUAGUGAUGUAAUGUAUCAAAUAUAAAGACAGUCUGACCGGUAGUUGUCAUCUCCAGACUUUAGUCCAGCAGGCUGAAACAGAGUUCAGAAGGUAUUUAGAACCUGGAAAAGUAGUUAGAAAACAGCAGAAAUGAUCACAGUCACUGAGAGUUAAUUCAAUUAAAUACUGUAUUAUAAACUGGAUCGCGAAUCCGUGAGAUCAAUAAUGUAUCACACACACUGCAUAGUUUCCAAUGCUGUUUAUUGACUAAAUGCACACAUGCAAUAAGAACGGCUUCAUAAAAGUGGUCCAACAAGCUCAGUACAGUGACUGAAUAAUGAGCACGUUAGAGACAAAAGGCAACACAGCAGCCCCCAAUAUGUAAUCAAAACAGGGGACACGUGUGCUUAAGACCGAGGACGUACUGGUGGAUUUAUU